UUGGACAUAUAUUUAGUUGGCUGAGAGUGUGUUGGUGGAGGGUGUCAGUGGGAGGGGACUGAAGACACAAGUGGUCUAUAAAGCCAGCGCUUGCAUGGGUUGAGCAGCCUCAGACGGCCUGCUUGCUCUGGAAACAUGUCAAAGUCUCUCCACCCAACCAUGGACCCCACAGAGAUGGGAGUGGGACGCUCCAUUGCUGUGCUGACGUCAGGAGGAGAUGCUCAAGGCAUGAAUGCCACUGUGAGAGCUACAGUCAGAGUUGGUCUCUACACUGGAGCCAAAGUCUACUUUGUUCAUGAGGGCUACCAAGGUCUGGUGGACGGAGGGGACAACAUUCGUCCCGCCACGUGGGAGAGUGUUUCAAUGAUGCUUCAGCUGGGAGGAACUGUCAUUGGCAGUGCCCGCUGCAAAGACUUCAGAACCAGGGAGGGUCGUAUGAAAGCGGCCUGCAACCUGGUGAAACUCGGCAUCACCAACCUGUGUGUAAUAGGAGGUGACGGAAGCCUCACCGGGGCCAACGAGUUCAGGACCGAGUGGAGCGGACUUUUGGCUGACUUGGUCCAAGCUGGUAAAAUCUCGGCUGAAGAAGCCAAAAAAUCCUCUCACCUGAACAUCGUGGGCAUGGUCGGCUCUAUAGACAACGACUUCUGCGGCACAGACAUGACCAUUGGCACUGACUCAGCCCUGCACCGCAUCAUAGAGGUGGUGGACGCCAUCACUACAACCGCACAGAGCCACCAGAGAACCUUCAUCCUGGAGGUGAUGGGCAGACACUGUGGGUACCUAGCCUUGGUGACCGCUCUGGCCUGUGGGGCAGACUGGGUGUUCAUUCCAGAGAUGCCACCAGAUGAUGGCUGGGAGGACCACCUGUGCAGGAGGCUGGCAGAACAAAGGGCCAGAGGUUCUCGUCUCAAUGUGAUCAUUGUGGCUGAGGGUGCUAUGUCCAGAGACGGCAAACCGAUCUCAUCCGACAAGAUUAAAAAGCUGGUGACUGACAGACUUGGCUUUGAUACUCGUACCACAAUCCUUGGGCAUGUGCAGAGGGGAGGGACGCCCUCUGCCUUUGACAGAAUCCUGGGCAGCAGAAUGGGAGUAGAAGCGGUGAUGGCUCUUCUGGAAGCCACACCAGAGACCCCAGCCUGUGUUGUCAGCCUCUCUGGGAACCAAGCGGUCAGGCUGCCACUUAUGGAAUGUGUGCAAGUGACCAAAGAUGUGACUGCUGCCAUGGCUGAAGGCAGGUUUGAGGACGCUAUCAAGCUCAGAGGAAAGAGCUUUGAAAACAACUGGAAUACAUACAAGCUGCUGGCUCAUAUUAACCCUCCAGAUGUUAAAAGCAACAUCAACGUGGCCAUCAUGAAUAUCGGCGCCCCCUGUGCUGGCAUGAAUGCAGCCGUGCGUUCAGCAGUCAGAAUGGGCAUCGUCCAGGGUCACAACAUGUUGGCUGUUCAUGAUGGCUUUGACGGCCUCGCGCAUGGACAGGUAGAGCCAAUCAACUGGACUUCAGUGAGCGGCUGGACUGGAAUAGGAGGCUCCGUUUUGGGCACCAAGAGAACCCUUCCAGGUAAAUUUAUGGAGGAAAUCAGCCAGAACAUUGCCAAGUUCAACAUCCACGCCUUGGUGAUCAUUGGAGGAUUUGAGGCCUAUGUGGGAGGCCUGGAGCUGGUCCAGGCCCGAGAGAAAUACGAGGAGAUGUGUAUCCCCAUGGUGGUUAUACCUGCUACCGUCUCCAACAACGUUCCCGGCUCUGACUUCAGCAUUGGCGCUGACACCGCUCUCAACACUAUCACCUCUACAUGUGACAGGAUCAAGCAGUCAGCAGCAGGCACCAAACGUCGUGUAUUCAUUGUUGAGACGAUGGGCGGCUACUGUGGCUACUUGGCCACCAUGGCCGGCCUGGCUGCUGGGGCAGACGCUGCUUACAUCUUUGAGGAAAAAUUCAACAUUAAAGACUUGGAGGUGAAUGUUGAGCAUCUGUGUGAGAAGAUGAAGACAACGGUAAAAAGAGGCUUGGUUCUCAGGAAUGAGAACUCUAAUGCCAACUACACAACAGACUUCAUCUUCAAUUUAUACUCCGAGGAAGGCAAAGGCAUCUUUGACUGUCGUAAGAAUGUCCUCGGACACAUGCAACAGGGUGGUACUCCAACACCUUUUGAUAGGAACUUUGGCACGAAGAUGGGUGCCAAGUCAGUCCUGUGGGUGACUGAGAAGCUCAAAGAGUGCUAUAGACACGGUCGCAUCUUUGCGAAUACACCAGACUCUGCCUGUGUGCUGGGCAUGAAGAAGAGGGCGCUCACCUUUCAGCCGCUGGCAGAACUGAAGGGAGACACAGACUUUGAGCACCGUAUUCCUAAAACACAGUGGUGGCUGAAGAUCAGGCCAAUCAUGAAGAUCCUGGCGAAAUACAACAUCAAACUGGACACAUCUGAACAUGCAGACAUGGAGCAUGUGAUCAAGAAGAGGACUGCCCUUGGAAACUAGGGGGACACUGAUAAGCUUGAUAACAUAUUUUUGUUGAAUGGUGUUUCAUUCACUGGUCCACUUAACAUCAUGUUAACACAGGGGUUUCAAGAGAGAAAUUAUUAAAGAUUAUUAAACUUGUCUCUUGUUACUUUGCAUGUAAUGUGUACAAUUGUCCUGACAAACAGUCACAAAGCAAAUUAUUAUUAUGACUAUUUAUUUCAGACGUUAUUGGUCACAGUAUGUCAAGAUACCAUGUAACCAUGCCUCCUCGUGACUGUGAGUUGCAUAUGAAUGAUAUUAGAGCAACGUGAUUGGUGGUUUAGUAUGUUUUCUAAUGUGAUAACAUGACACUGUUGCCACAUCAUUACUUGUUUCUCAAUGAUCUCACCUUUGAUCUUAAAAUAGUUAAAAAUUUGGUUGACAGCAUUCCAGAUCACAGAAAAAAAAACAAAUGCAUAAAGACUAUAACGCUGGUUCUACAUCACAGCAAAUCAACAACAAUCCUCAAUGGUGGUUGUUUAACCAAGAACGGUAAAUGGAACAUUUAUGUACAUGUUCAAGCAUAUUUUCUGUAUUCUGCACCCAAGCAUAACUUGAGAGGAUAUAAUGAAGGAAUGUUGAAAUGCCAAAGAAGGAAAAAUUGAGGACUAAACCACUAAUUUUUACAUCACAAUGUAUCAUUGCAAAGUGUAAAUAACCAUUAAAAUAAGAUAGUUAGCCACAACUUGCUCCCUGAGAAUAACUUUUUUUUCAACAAGAGGAGAAAUAAGAAGUUACAAUAAUUAAAAAAUAAAAAUUGAAACCUCUGUAGCCUGCCCAACACUAAAAACGUCAAAAUUACAGAACACAGUAAAUACCUCAUGCAAUGUCCUAAUUUGAGCCCAUUUAAGAAGAAGUUUAUUAGGUACAAGCAGAAUGCUGACAACCACAGUGUCUGAUAUCAUUUAUUCCUGAAUUCAUUCAGUCGUAUAAGUAAUUUGUUGUAUAUUCUGUAUGUAUUCAUUCAUUAUACAGUGUUACUGUGAGUAUUUACUCCUGUAUAUUCUUUCAUUAUUUAAUAAGCUAUUAUAACACAUGA